UAGCGCGGUCGGCGCCACACGCGGCGCUUCCGGGGGCGGCGGGCGCCGGGAGCCGCAGGAUGCAGCGAUGGCCAGUGGUGCUCUUCCUGGCCUGGGUUUGCCUUCUCUUUUUUGCUGGUAUCGGGCUCUUCAUGAGCGGCUUUUUGCUUACACGGAUCGAGCUUGCCAGCAGCAGCUCCUGCUCAGACCCACUCGUGCCACCACCUUGGGAGAGGCAGAGCCUCCCGCCAGGCUCCUGCUGGGCACCCCAACGCUUUUCCAAGGCUGUGCUUAUCAUCAUUGAUGCCCUUCAUUUUGAGUUCGCCCGCUUCGACCCUGCCAAGGUCAGCCCGCUGCCUUACGAGAACAAGCUGGGUGUCCUGUACCAGCUGGCCACUUCCCAGCCCCGCCAUGCCCGUCUCUACCGCUUCCGAGCUGACCCCCCCACUGCCACCAUGCAGCGCAUCAAGGGUCUCACCACCGGCUCGCUGCCCACCUUCAUCGAUGUGGGCAGCAACUUCGCCUCCUACGCCAUCCAGGAGGACAACCUGCUGGCACAGCUGGUGCAGAACGGAAGGAGAGUGGUCUUCAUGGGUGACGACACGUGGGAAGGACUCUUCCCAAAGAAGUUUUUCCGCUCGUAUUUCUUCCCUUCUUUUAACGUGAAGGAUCUUCACACUGUGGAUGAUGGGAUCCUGCAGCAUCUCUAUCCAACUGUGGACAGUGGUGAAUGGGACGUGCUGAUUGCUCACUUCCUCGGCGUGGACCACUGUGGGCACAAACACGGACCUGACCACCCCGAGAUGGCGAAGAAGCUCACMCAGAUGAAUGAGAUGCUCAGGUCCUUGGUGGAUCACCUGGGGAAUGACACUCUCCUUCUGGUGGCUGGGGACCAUGGCAUGACAGAAACUGGAGACCAYGGUGGUGACAGUGAGAAGGAAGUGAACGCAGCGCUGUUUGUGUACAGCAGGACACCCCUUUUUGGCAGUGGCCCUCCAGAGGAGCCUGAGACCAUUCCACAGGUGAACCUGGUGCCCACUGUGGCCCUGCUGCUGGGUGUGCCCAUCCCAUACAGUAACAUUGGGGAAGUGAUGGCUGAGCUGUUCUCCGGGGAUGGUGACACUGUGUCUGCAGCUUUGCAGCAGCUGUCAGUCUAUCACAUCAAUGCCAAGCAGGUGGAUCGCUUCCUGCAGUCUUACUCGCUGGUGGCUCAGGACCUGCCAGCAGAGCAGCUCCAGCACCUGCAGGAGCUCUUCUCCAGUGCUGUGGAGGAGCACACGCAGCUCCUGGCCCAGGUGCAGGGGACAAUGUUGGUGCCUCCAGAGCUGGAGUCCAGGCUGGGAGGCCUCAUCGGUCGCUUCCAGCGCUACUUGCGGGAAGCACGGGCUGUGUGCACCCAGUCCUGGGCCCGCUUCCACCCCCUGCGUAUGGUGGGGGGCUGCAUCCUUAUUGCCUCCUCCUGCUUGCUCUGCUACAUGGCCUCAGAGCUGGCCGCAUCCUCACACUCUUUCUAUCGCAGCUGCCUGCUGUACCCACUGCUGUGGGGCCUCGUGGGUGCUGCUCUACUUGGGCUGGCCCAUGUUUUCACCCAGGAGGAGCUGGAUCUGCUCCUGGUGUCGUCAUGGGCAGCUGCUGCUUCUCAGCUGGGUUUUUUCUGGCACUGGUGGGGCCAGCAUCCCAAGAGAACCCGUUUAGCAGGCAGUCAGCCACCCUUGGCCAGCAGUGGCCCAAGGCAGAGGCUGCGAGCAUGGCUUAGGCUGGCCUUCCCUAUGGGCAUUCUGUUCUUCCGCUGUGGAGCUAUGUUCUCCGACAGCUUUGUUGUGGCCGAGGCACGGGUGGCCCCAUUCUUGCUGGCCUCUCUGGUGAUGUUGUUAGUAGGGAAGCUCCACUGGGAUGGUCGCCUAACUGUGCCAGAAGGUCCCAAGCAGCAGCUCCUUGGCUUUUCGUCUUACCGGAGAGAGAUCUGGUACCUGCUGUGCCUCGUGGCCAUGCUCCUGGUCUGCGUGCGCCUCUCCAGUUUCUUCCACCAGUGCCGUGAAGAAAUUCCUCAGUGCCGGCCCUCUGUUUUCCUCUCCCCGCUUGCCAGCCUGAGAAACACACGGGCCAAGAACCUCUUCUACCUCCUGUGCGUGGCCUUGCUGGCUGGGCUGGUGUAUGCAGUGCAGAGCUGGCUAAGGCAYUACGGCAACCUGAACAGUUCAGACCCUCUCGUGCUCUUUGUGCGCUGGGGUUUCCCACUGGUGGUCCUCUGCAUUGCCUGCUACUGGGCUGUUGCCUCCAGUGCUGAUGACUCUCUUGGCAAGCUUCAGGAGCUGGUGCAGGUGGCAGUUAUUGUCUUUCCUUGGGCUGUCUACGGACUAGCAUCUGUGGGACUGCUGCUCCUACUGUGCAAUCCCAUGACGGUGUUCGCAAAGGACACUCGGGAGUCGGCAGGAUCCAUCGUCACACCCUACCUGGGGGUUCCCAGCUCCGAAGUUGACUUCCUCCACGUCAUCCCUCAGAUCUACAAGAGAAUGCAGGAGUCUCAGAAGAACCGGCUGGAGCGGGGCAGCUGCAGAGCCACCGUUGCAGCAUAUGGGCUGGGCAGCGUGUACUCRGCAGCCCUGGUCAUAGCCCUCACCCUCCUGGGCUUCCUCUUGAUGCUUCUGCACAGCGAGCGGCUGAGCUUCGCCUUCCUGCUCCUUUUCGUGGAGGCCUUUGUGCUGCUGCACAUCCACACAUGUGCCAGAGGCCUUGCUGGAGAUGCUGAGCCAUUUUCGGUGCCCUGGUAUGCAGUCAUCUCCUGGCUCCUUGCUGCUUCCCAGUUCUUCUAUUCCACAGGCCACCAGCCCAUCUUCCCAGCCAUCCAUUGGAAUGCAGCSUUUGUGGGCUUCCACCUUGACCACAGCACGAACUUCCUGCCUGCUGUCCUGGUGGGCGCCAACACCUUUGCCUCCCAUAUCCUCUUUGCAGUUGGCUGCCCGCUGCUCUUGCUGUGGCCCUUUGUGUGUGAGAUGUCCAGCUCACAGAAGAAGAAGCCCAAGAAGGAGUCCCGGGAGGAGCUGCAGGAGGUGGAGGAGCACAUGAUGGAGAUGAGGCUGCGGGAGUCUCCAGAGAAGUUCUCCACUGCUCUSUUGCGGCUGGGAUUGAAGUACCUCUUUGUCCUUGGGGCACAGCUUCUGGCCUGUGUUUGUGCAGCUAUGAUCCUAAGGAGACACCUCAUGGUCUGGAAAGUCUUUGCCCCAAAGUUCCUCUUUGAGUCGCUGGGCUUUGUGGUGAGCAGYAUCUGCCUCUUGCUGGGGAUCUCGCUGGUGAUGCGUGUGGAUUGUGCUGUCAGCACCUGGUUCAGCCAGCUUCGGCUCAGGUAGCCUUGGAGACGUGGGGAGCCUGACCUGCUCGUUGGCUGAGGCCGUGUUUGUCUCCUUGCCUCGCUCAGGCUGGAAGGGAUACAUGAGCCACCAGCAACGAGUGCCUGCUGACAGCAGUCAGGGAUUAUACCCAGCUCCCUGYCUCUGCACUGAACAAAAGGACUGGAGCCAACUGUUCCUGGCUUAUGGGGAUGGUGUUUCUCAGCAGGGGAGGUCAGAACUCUGCUGGGCCUUUGCUGGCAGCAGGAGAACUCUGCUGCAGAAGCCCAAGAUGCAAGAGUCCUGAAAUGCUCCUCUGGAGAAACACCAAUGAGAGUCUUGCUGCUACUUUCCUGACAACUGUCUCAAUGUGUAGCUGGUAGGCUUUGGUGGCCUGCAGCUUGUCACCUUCACUGUGCAAACACAGUGACUCCUGGGAUGGGGCCUGCUGAGGAGGGGAGAGGAGGUUGAAAGGGGAGGGAAUGCCCCACAGUCACCACUUGUUUUCAUGUGCUCAGUUUCCACACUGGAAUCACACUGCACAUGGUUCCAUCAGAUGGUUCCUGGAGCCUCGGUGGCAGCUACUCCUCUGUAAAGUCAGUCAGUUGCUCUGUAGUGAGGCUUCUCUUGCCCUACACUCWGUCCCAUUUUCCUCGUCAGCGCAGUGAAGUGCAAUGGGGAGCACUCUGGGCUGCCUUGUACAGCAGGCUUAGCUUGGGGCAGUAGUUGCAGGGACAGCUGUGUGCAUGACCAAGARACUCUCAACUUCUAUUCUCAACCAGUCAGGGUCCCUGUGGGCUCUGUGGUAGCAGCCAAGGCUCCUGACCUCUUCCUGAGCGUGUGCUGCUGGAUGCUGAUUGUUGACUGGGAACAAUUAAGAUGCAGGGGGAUGUAGUGAUAUAGGAGACGGACUCACCCCCAUAGUGGACCUGGCCAGCAGGAAAAGGGAGUGUCUGUCCCAGCUGCCGGAGUAGCCUUGGUGUAAGCUCCAGAGCCUGGGAACAACUACUUGAAAUCCCUGAGCAGGCAUCAAUUCUUUUGGGAACUGGUUUAACUCACUGGUGUCURUGCAUGUGCUGGGGGCUAUGGACUCCAGGCAUUGUGGUCAACCACACCCAUGAUACCAUGUUUGGUGCUUGUCUCCCUCUUGGCCUUGGUGUUCUCUGUGGGACUUCAUGCCACAAGUGAGCUAUGCCAAGCAUGUCCUUGACUGCUUAUGGUCAGUUGUCUUUCUUCAUUUGUGGGCACAGUAGAGGAUGGUGACCGUGUAGCCUGGCCACAUCCUAGCCAAGUUCCUCCUGCAGUUUCCAUUGGAGCUGGGAUUUCUUACUGCCUGAACCACUGUGUGGCAUUACUUGGUGCUAUGAAAUCUUUUGUCUCUUUCGCCUCUGGAAAGAGCCAAAGACUGCUUGCCUGGRAUUUCUGCAAUGAUAUUUGCCUGAUCCCAUUAAUUUUUAACUCAUGCACCAUGACUGCCCCUGUUUGAAUUCCUUACUGCAGACUGUUAGUAUAACUCCAGGCUCUUCCUUUCCUCUGCCCUGCAGAGUCCCAGGGAAAAUGUCACCUUUACCAUGAUUUCGUUUCUUGCUGUUUUUCCCAAGUUCCCGUUUGCUGUGGCUCUUGAGGGCAGGUGAAAUUUUGUAUUUUACCCCUGCAAAAUGCCUGCUCAGGUAGGAUGCAAUUCCAGGGAGGCUUAAACUGCUCUAWUAUUAGGUUUGCAUUGCUUGACCUGCUCCAAGCUGCUGGCUGUGCUCUGCUACCUCAGCCUCUCAUCUCCCCUGCUCUGUGGUCCUGCUCAGUUUCAUGUGACAUAACCAGGGACUGGUUUGUAGCUGGCAUCAAGCCUGGCCUGCCUCACUGCCUGGAUGCAUAACACCAGUGCUAGGACAAGGAAGGGGUAGCAGCAAACAGUGGGAGAAGCUGGCAGCUACCGGAAUGCAUCAGCCCACAAUCAGAAUGGGAUUAGGCAGUUACACCUUUAAAAGCAGGUUACUUGCUGAAAGCUGACUCCCUGGUGGCCAUAUGCUUCKGGAAGAGUGAGAGGUGCAUUGAUAUGGGGAGGAGGAAGGGAGUGGAGGAAGCAGUUACCCAGUAAAUUUUCAUUUAAUGUGAGGUUAAUCUGGAUAGCACAUAUUGCUAAAUGCCAAGGCUGGAGCUCAAAUAGGUCAUGUUGUAACCUUAUAACCUGGUCAGGAGCUUUCUGCCUGACUGUAUUUGUGCUGGCAGAAGUYCCUGUGGUCACUGACAGUGUAGGACUGGCCCGUGACAUCCCCACAGCUGCCACCCAGGCCCCUUGGCUUCCAUCUCUGGGACUGGUUCCUCUUUCACUGGUCACUCCAGUGCAGCUAAGCCUUCCCAUGCCCACUGUUCGUGGUUGGAGCACUCACACGGGGCUUGGGCAUUCUCUCCUCACCCCUCCAUGUCAUCCCUCUGCCGUCGGUGUGGGCUCCUGGUCCCAGGAGACCAGAGAGGGCAGAGGGAAGAGCAGAGUGUAGCGUCAUCAAAGGACACACACUUAUCUUGCCACAGACGAAACAAAACUUGCAGUAGAAGAGCUGCAACUGCAUUCUUGUCACUGCGGAAAUGCCACGGAGUGCUGGCUGCUGGGACACGGCAGACUGGCUGCUACACCAAAGAAUUCAGAUUCAUGAAGAUGAGUUUUCAAAGGGCUGGAGAUACUCUUGCUUCUUUGCAUUGACUGUUCUAGUCUUUGUCAGCCUUCCUCAGCUGCCCUCAAGCUGAUUGUUUGGCUGCCAUUCUCCUGAGCAUGCUGGGGAUUACAGAGUUAAUGCAUGUCCAGGACUUGGACCUUAGAAGCAGAAUAUGCUGUUGCUGCUAGAGCAGGCAGGGCUAUGUCUGCUUUAAAAUCCCAGGAGGGGGUUSUCUGCUGGUCCAAGGCUCUUUGGGAAAUCUGGUAUGCUGGGGAGUCGGUUUUGCCCCACAUCCCUCCAAAGAGGUUGUCGUAGGGCCCUGYUUGUCUCACUUGGAUGAGUUAUUCCAAGUGGUUUAUUUCUGUUCCCAGUGUCCCUCRGCUGAGUGUGACGGGAGACAGAGUGCUCAUCUGAGCAAUUUUCAUCGUGCACUCCACARUCUUUCUGCACUUUGGCCUUUCAAGUGUUGUGCAUGUGUUUCUUGGCAGGGGAUAGCACUAUUGGGAAACUUCCCUGGCUCAGGCCCACAGGGAAUGGYGUGUCCCAUGGUCCUGGCACAGAACAAGGAUUCAAUUGUGUCUCUUUUGUGCUGCCUAGAAGAUGACGACCAAAAGCUGCAGCACUAUGAAGGGUUGUGGGUGGUGGGAGCAUCCUGCAGCUCUGUUCKGUGGGACUGACACAUCCCAAGGGAUGGCACUGUUUUGGGGAGCUCAGCGCUCACUCCAGCUCUGUUCCCACAGCCAUUCCUCUGACCCAUCUCUCUCUGGUUUUCCCCCAACUCUUCAGGCUGCUUUUUUAUGCCAAGGCACAGUCCCAGUCUCAGUGUGCAUGUUCCCCCUUCCCCUCAGGAAGCAGCAGUGCCAGUGUGUGGGGAGCAGGGCUGGGGAGRGCUGCUCUCUCCUCUGAACCCUGACUCAGUGCAUCACGUGACUUGGAGCUAGAUUGUUGUUUUAUUUUUUAUUAACCUCUGUGUGCCUCAAUCCCUCAUUGGGGAAAAAAAAAAAAAAAAAGGGGAUGGACCCAGUUGUGUAAAGCAACGUGGGAGCUCUGCAUGCAGCAUGGUGCUACACUUUCCUGGGUAUCUACAUAUUUGGCUGUCAGCGCUUUCAUUCACAUCCAGCAGCUGCACCUGGAAGGUGGAAGCAAUGCUCAAGUCUCUGCUUGGAGGCAGAGACUUUUUUCUUUCAAAAAACCUUCCAAAACAGGCAAGUUGGCAGUACUUGUUCACCUGGCAGCCACGGUCCUUGGGAUUCCUGUCCCGCAUCCAGCAGUGCUGGGUACAGAAGGACCUGCCUCCAGAGGCAGCCAGAGAGGUAGCACUCCAUUAUUAAAUURCAUAAUUAAUUAAUUAAUCAGGAGUGGGGGGAGAUGUGCGUGGAGAUUUGCUGUCUGAGGGUGGUCUGGGGCUCUGGGUGGCUGUGAAAAUGAUGUCUUUAAAUAAAACUGUGAGAGCCA